AUGAAACAUAUUUUAAGCUUUUUAUUGAUCUUAAUAAUUUCGAUUGUUUAUAAGUCUGUCGUAGUGAACAUAAAUCAACAUCUUGUGGCUCGUUCUGCAAUACCAAUUGUCGAUAAAACUUGGGAAAAUUGGAAUGGUGCAAUUAAAAUUACACCAGAUGCAAUUUUUAAACCAUCUACACUUGAAGAUCUUAUUUAUAUCGUAAAGCUAGCAAACACAAAUAAUAAAACCAUUCGAUGUAUUGCCCAAGGGCAUUCUGUAAGUUUACUGUCUGUCACAAAACACUAUCUGGUGGUAGUUACAAGUUUAAAUCGGAUCACUAUACAAGAACAUCCAAAAUAUGGUUGGACUGUUACUGCUGAAGCUGGUACAUCAUUUGCUGAUCUUGAUGAAGCACUCCGAAAUCAUAAACCUUCAUUAACUCUUAAUUCUGAGACUGUUUAUAACACCUUUCGAGUAUCUGGUGUUUUAGCAGUAGGUGCACAUGGUGCAAAGACUACUUCAGGCAUUAUGGCUGACCAACUUAUCUCAAUGAAAAUCGUCAUUGGUUCUGGUGACGUAUGUGAAUUUAGUGAAGAAAUAAACAAAUCAGAAUUUGUUGCUGCGAAAGUCAGCUUAGGUUUACUUGGUAUAAUCUAUUCUGCAACUUUUCGUGUACAACCUAUGUACAAUCUUCGUAUGAAUGACAAUUAUAUUCCAGUAAACGUAUGGCUUAAUCCACAAACUAUUAAAAAUCUUUUAGAUUCAUCUGAUGGUAUUGAAAUAUUUUAUUGGCCAUUUAAUGGAUUCAUUCAAAGUGAUCCAAAACCUCUUGACCCUAAUAGAGAUUUACUUUGGGUCAAGAAUUGGGUAAAAACUGAUGAAGUUGUGAGUUUCACGCAACAACAAAUCAAACAAUUACGUGAAGUCCAAUCACAAGGUCUUAUUCACCAGUAUCAGAUCAUAAGUAGUAUUUUACAAACUCCUGAAGCAACUCCGAACGUUACCACCUCGAUAUGGAAUGCUUUUGUCAGUGCUGGCAAUACUAGUUUUGUAUUUCAGGCUCCUGAUGCUUUCCAUUACAUAUCUAGCGAAGAAAGUAUCAAGUUUGAACUGAUAGAAUUUGGUUUCAAAAUUGAUCCGGAUUAUUCCAACGUUGCUGAUGCAUUUUCUUUCCUAAUCCAAACUAUGUAUGAAUUUGCAGCACAAGGAAAAUUUCCACUAAAUUAUAUUGCAGAGUUUAGAAUUAUAAAAUCAUCUAAUGCAUUAUUAUCUACUACAUUUGAUCACGAUCCAAAAGCAUUAUAUUGUCAAUUAGAUAUUGAGGCAGCUCUUGAUACUCCAAGCUGGAAAGAAUUUGCGGAAACAAUUGCGCAAAGAUUUUUCGAUAAGUACAGAGCAAAAGUUCAUUGGGGAAAAGGAUUUGAAUUUUUGCCUAAUGUUAUACCUUAUCUUUCUGAUGUCUUAUCAGAUCAAAUUAAACAAUUUGAGAAAGUACGUGAAAAGUAUGACCCUGAUAAGAUUUUCUUUGAAAAUCAGGCAUUGCAGAAUAUAUUUAAUUAUGUUUUGGAUUCAUAA